CGACUCGGCUCGGCUCGGCUCGGCUCGGCUCGGCUCACAGGUCCUGUUUCAGCACAAAAGUGAGAUUCACAAGACUCCUCUAAGAUGUCUUACAGAAAGGAACUAGAAAAAUACCGAGACCUGGAUGAGGACAAGAUCCUGGGAGCUCUGACGGAGGAGGAGCUCAGGAAGUUAGAGGAUGAACUGGAAGAGCUGGAUCCUGAUAAUGCCUUGUUGCCAGCCGGCCUCAGGCAGAGGGAUCAAACACAAAAGCCACCAACUGGCCCGUUCAAAAGGGAAGAUCUCAUGGCCCACCUAGAAAAGCAGGCAAAGGAUGUUAAAGACAGAGAAGAUCUGGUUCCUUUCACAGGCGAAAAGAGAGGAAAAGCUUGGAUCCCCAAGCAGAAGCCAAUGGAUCCUGUUUUGGAAAGUGUGACUCUGGAGCCGGAACUGGAGGAAGCCCUUGCUAAUGCCUCUGAUGCAGAACUCUGUGACAUUGCUGCCAUCCUUGGCAUGCACACCUUGAUGAGUAACCAGCAGUACUAUGAGGCACUGGGGAGCAGCUCCAUCGUGAACAAAGAAGGGCUCAACAGUGUGAUUAAACCCACACAGUAUAAACCAGUUCCUGAUGAGGAGCCGAACUCAACGGAUGUGGAGGAAACCCUGAAACGAAUACAGAGCAAUGAUCCUGACCUUGAGGAAGUCAACCUUAACAAUAUUAUGAAUAUUCCCAUACCAACUUUAAAAGCUUUUGCAGAAGCCCUGAAAAAUAACACCUAUGUGAAGAAAUUCAGUAUAGUUGGGACACGGAGCAAUGAUCCCGUUGCUUUUGCACUGGCUGAAAUGCUGAAGGUGAACAACACACUGAGGAGCCUGAACGUGGAAUCAAACUUCAUUUCUGGGUCGGGGAUCCUGGCAAUUGUGGAAGCACUGCAGGGCAACACAUCACUCGUAGAGCUGCGCAUUGACAACCAGAGCCAGCCUUUGGGCAACAAAGUGGAAAUGGAAAUUGCAAAUAUGUUGGAAAAAAACACCUCCCUGCUGAAGUUUGGGUACCACUUCACUCAGCAAGGCCCACGGCUCCGUGCUUCCAAUGCCAUGAUGAAUAACAACGAUCUAGUGAGGAAGAGAAGACUAGCAGAGUUGAAUGGGCCUAUUUUUCCCAAGUGCAGAACUGGAGUGUAGUUCCUGGCUGUGGAGUCUUUACCUGUGAUCUGUGCUACACUGUGGAAAUCUAGAGGCAAUAAGUGCCUUGAUAAAAUAUUUGUGGUGCCUCGGGUCUGGUUUAUGCACUAACAGUUUAAAUUAACUAGUGGCUUAGUUGAAGAUUUUUUCCAGUAGGACUGUUGAUGUUUUCUGUAGAGCUGGAACUAUUCAUGCCAGUAACAACCUGUGAUUUUUAUGCAACCUCAGUUUGAAAAGUGUACAUCCCAGUGUAAAAGUGGCUCUUAAUUAACCUGGGACCUAAUUUUUCUAUAAACUUCCUGCACGGUGUUUCAUACAGAUAGGAUGUGGAAUGCAUGAGGGAAAGAGACAACUGUUCCAGACAAAUUACAGAAAUAUUUUUAAAAAUACUUUAUUUUUUUUCCAAAUUGAUCUCAAGUCACUAUAUAGAGGAGCAACUAGUUUAACAAGCAUUUACACUACCUGGAAACAUGGCUAAUUUCAAGAAUUGUGAUUUACAAUUUUUUACUGACAUCAGCUGAGUCAGUCAGCCAGAGAUGCGGCUUUGCAAAUGCAUCCCCGUAUUUGUUAGGAAAAAACCCUGAACUCCACCCCUUGAUUAAAUGGAGCGUAAGGCCACCAAUAGAGUCUCAACAAUUGAGUGUUUUAGGAUGAGUUAAUAUCCUUCUGUCUUAGGCAUAUCUGAAGAAAACCAUCACCUUUAGAGAUGCAAUGCAAAUCCUAAGCCAGCAGAGAUGGCCAAACUAAUCUGCAAACCAGAAGUCUCUCUUCAGAUCACCACUCCCUUUGGGUUCCUAAUCUUAAAAGCAGGUGUGUCCAAAUAUUCAUUUUUGUCUAGAUGGGGAUAUUAAUGAAUUAAAUUUUGGUCUGCUGGGGAUUGUGUCUUUUACUGCCAUUCCUAAUGUCUGCAUAAAUGCAACAAUAAAUGUUGUGUCCUAGAAAAGUUGUUAAGUGAAAUUCCCCAACUCUGAACUUAAACUGCAGUCUGACAGCUUUUUGUCAGACAAUCCACCACCAACCUCUAACCUGGGAGGAAGUCCCCGCAGUCCUGUGUGCAAUAAGCUGGACCCAGCGCUAUCCCAUCCAAAACUCACACUAUUAAUAUGGGUGGGAUCCUGCUAGGUAAGGAGUCUCCUGGCAGAAGAGCUGCUGUACUGAAACCUUAUUCUUGGUCUGAAGACAACAUGUCCUAGGAAAUACUCACUUGCUAGAAAUCCAUCUGUACAUAUCUGUUUCACAACCUUUUACAUAUAUUCCAGCAAAAGCCCAGCAGGUUUCUUCAGAGCUUGCGUGCAAAUGCCACACAAUUAAGCUCUGAACAAUGAAGCCAAGAAACUAUACUUUCAGCAAUGUGGGAGAUAUUUGUUGCUCUCCAAAUCUCAAUAAAUAUGCCAAUGGUGUCAAAUAAAAUACUUAACUAUUCCCUCCACACU